UGCACUGAUCAGCUCGGCCUUAUAGACUAUAGUUCAUCCAGUACUCGCUCGAUGCCCAGCGCUGCCGCUCCCAUCGAAUUGGAUUCGAAUAUUUCGUCUCGCUCGCUAUAUACUUAAUCCACUGCAUACCCCAUAGUCCAUACACCUACAAGAGCAGCGAUAAAGAGGGAGAGAGACGCAGCGUUGUGGUCGCGCUGACACCACGCACAGAAGCGACGCUCGGCGCGCGCGUCCGCUCAAUCGUCAGUCGUCCGUCGGCCAGAGGAAGAGGAGGCUCGCGUGCUCCGGCUCUUUUUCUCGUGUCGUCCCCAGUCACACAGAAGCAGAUUCGUCAGGAUGGAGGUGAGCGCGCUGCUGCAACACACGCAGUACGCGAUACCGGUGGGUCUGGUGCUCGUCUGCGCCGUCCUCGUCUUCGUCUUCGGCUUCAAGAAGGCCGAGCAACCGCCCUUCGCCCACUUCUCCAACAUCUCCGACCCCGAGCGCAAGGCGCAGACUAAGAAGAAGUCAAAGUCCAAGGAGAAGCGAGCAGCCAAUGGCCAAGUAACUACUGAAAAGGCUAGUCCUUCUAAGAAGUCAGCCUCUGUUAAGUCUGAAUCAGCUGCUAAAAAAUCCAACAAGUCUGAUGAUGUUGAUGCUAAGCUCAAAGAGCGUAAGCAGGAUGAUAACAAAACAUCAAACAAGAAGGAGAAGGAAGUCAAGUCUGGCAAGGAAAAUAAAGUUGAGCAAGCAAAGAACAAGAAGAACUUGAAAAAUCUGCUGCAAGAGAAGCCAGUCGAUUAUGAUGAGGGUGACUGGGAACAAGCUUAUUCACGAAAAGACAAGUUGAAGAAGAAGAGGGAAGAAGAGACUCCCUCCAAGAAGUCUAAGAAAUCAAAGAAGACUGAUUUAAUCAGUGAUGCUUCUAACAACAAGGAGCAGGAGAAGCCAGAAAUUAAAGAUAAAAUUGCAAAAGAGACUGAAAACAAAGAAUUAAAGGAAAAAGAUAACAAAGAUGUUGUUUUAACUCCCAUCACCAAUGAGGAACCAGAAAAAGAAGUUGAAAAGGUUGAAGAUCCAGUAAAGCAAUCGCCAAAGGUAGAGAAGGUUGAGGAAAAAAAAUCUGGCAAAGGCAAGAAGGCCAAGAAAAACACUGACGCUGAUAAUGCUAAACCAACUUCUGAAGUAUCACCGAAGAAAGAUAAGAAAGCAGCUACCGAGCCGGUAGUUGAAAAGAAGGCAGCUGAAGCUCCCAAGGUUGACCCAGUUGAACCUGUUGUAACCGAGACGAGCGAGCCGAAGGCUACGGCUGCAUUUGAUGAACUUGGAGAUGUAUGGAAAGAAGCAAAAGCUCCAAAGAAGAGCAAAAAGAAGACCCGCAAGGACAACUGAAGAGGAUAAAGCUGUUAAGGCGACAAGUUCCUUGAACUUAGGGAUGUCAAGUGAGAAGUCUAUUUCGCAUGCUCCCUUGUAAAUAAAAGGAAAAGAACAGAAAACACAUAAAAAUGGUGAUCAAGCUGUAAAAAUCCAAUGCUGCCUUACCAGAUUUGUUGCUGAGAAGAGGCAUAUUAUUAGUAUAACAGAAUAGCAUGAAAUUCUAAUGCAGCUUUGGGAUUUUCAGCUUGAGCCACAUGAAUGUCUCGUUAACGAUUUUGAUCGUUAAAGAAGCGCACGAUCUAGUUUUCUUUAUUUUGUUUUGUUGUGAAACUAAAUGAUUUCUAUAUGCUACUAAAGUAGCAAAACAUGGGAUUUUAAAUUUGUAGAAAUAUUCAGUUAGUAAACAGUACAAAAUUAUUUCGUUACAGUUUUGCGCUAGCUAAAAUUAAAAAGAGCGAAUUUUUUUAAUACCUUGUAGCGAAUUGGGAACAAUAGUCUGUGGCUCUUAUAAUGUAUAAGUAGGGAGUGUAUAAAGUAAAUAUUAGUUUAAAUUUUUUAUUUAAACUUUCCAUAAAAAAAAUUUCCUGUUGUACUGUCCAUGAAAAAAUAUGUAUACCAAGUCAAAGUUAGAAAACUAUAAUUAAUCUUUAGGCUUGUUUAUCAUUUUUUGAAGCCUAAAUAAAGUUUUAAAUAUAAUUCAUUGAAAGUCUUACAAGCAAAUAAUCUAUAUCGUUGUUCAAUUAAAAAUUAUACAAGAAAAAUCCUAAUGUUAAUAAGAUCAGAUAGGCUAUUAUAAAUUCUAAUUCUUGUAUAGUUCAACGAUUAAUUACAAAUUGAUAACUUCUAACUUAAUUAUCAAUGAAUAUUAUUAUAUCUUUAUUGUUAUUAUUAAUGUUGCACAUGAAUUGGUGAGUUAGUAUGAUAGUCAUACCAAUGGGUGCGUGUGUAAUAUAUGCAUAAUGGAAGAGGUUGAAUUCUUUUUUUAGAAUUCAAUUGUCCAUGGUAUCACUUGAGCUGUGGUCGAUGGUAACAUGAUAUGUAAAGAUUUAUGAUGUUUAAGAAGUUUGAACAGAAGAAAUAUUAGUUUAGGAGUUUUUGUUUGUAAUGCUAACAUUUAAGUAAAAAAUCAACAAAUAUAGAUUUGCAAUAAAAACCAAUUCAAUGAAUUAGUAAAUAGCACUUGGAGUGCAUUUUUAUUUAUUUAAAUAAGUUUAAAGCUGAUAUUUGUUAAAUUAUGUGAUUGUAACUGUAACUCUCUCCAAAAUCUUUAUGUACAAACUAUUUUUCAAUUGACUCAAACAUUUUCAUCAAUUAUAUAGAAACAUUUGAACAUAAACACAUCACUUUUUUAUUUUGGUUUUCAUACCCGAAUACUUAGGUAUAUCAAAGCGUGCAAAAUUCUGAAUAAUUUUGCUGUCGAUAGGGUUUCAAAUUGAUGAAAUUAAAAGCAAAGAAAUUAUGCUUCUGCAAAGUGAGCCAUAAACCAUAAAUUAUCACUAUCGUUUUUUUUUUUAAUUUCAACUUGUUUUCAAAGUCCAUUCAUUACAAUAGUAGUAGUACAAGAAUGCCAAGGAUCACUCGAAAAAAAUACACGUAUUAUAUAAUUACUUUUAUAUAACAUGGAAAUAUUUUGUAAAUUUGUCUAUAACGACAUUCGACUACAUGUACACGAAUAGCUAGUAUAUUUCCUCUGCAAAAACAGCACGAUUCGAUUGUACUUAAAUGUUAAGCUGAAAAAUUAAUGCAGGAAACGUUGAAACACUAGCGACUUGCAACAACAUGUAGACAAAUAAUAUCGUCAGAGGCUGCGUACGUGGCGGUGAUCUUGAGCGUAGGAUAUUUUUGUAUUUUUAUUUAUACGAAAUAUGUUGUUGUAAAUGCUACCAAAAUUGUAAUUCGAGAUCUUCGCGAAUAAAAAGACAGGACAAAAAGUGUCGUGAAAAGAUAAGAUUACUCGAUUGUGAAGAGUAAUAAGUGACAUUGUAUAUUAGUAGGAAAACUUCAUAUUUUGAAUAAUUACAUCACAAUUUUGUACAUACCGAAUGUACGUUGCAUAUUGGGCAAUUUAACUGAGAUGGGAUAUUAUGUAUACAUGUAUGACUGGAGCAGCAGCGACUGAUUGCCCAACUUCAAUGUAUCACGAUGUGUAAAGUGCUAAACGAAAAAAUACAAGACAUUGUUACUUCGGCAUAAACAUAUUGCAGUAAUUGUAAAUAUGUACAUUAAAGCAGAAAACGCAUCCAUUAACGGAAGACUGUCUGAAGCUAUGGUAGUUGUCCGAUGAGACUGACAUUCCAUUUCUUAUUUUCUUGGAGUAGAAGUGAGAAUUAAACAAUUUUUGAAAGAAUAAAUAAAGUCAUUGGCCUCCCAUAGUCUUCCACUAUACACGGAUUUUUCAGACGAAUUGAUUUCAAUAUUAGCGCAAUGUCACGAGAAUCUAUAAGAUGAUCAAUAAAAUGUACAAAAAUAAAAAUAUUGAAACUUAUUAUUGCUCAAUUCAAGAAAAGUAACUCAAUGAAUUUUAACAUAUAUUUUCAUUCUUCCGUGAUUGUAAUACUGAUAAUAAGAUAAUUUAUAUACGUUUAUGACUUUAACAGCGUUUCUUCCGUAAAAAUGUGUUCCUACUUUCUACACAAUCGCAAUAAUCUUGUUUCGAUAUUCUUACUUUUGUACGAAAAGCUGAAUUCUCGAUCUUACUGCUAAUUUUUGCCGAUCGACGUUAUGAAUAACAACGGUCGAAAGCUAUUUGCCGCAUAAAUGAUGCAUCUGCGUGAAGCCUGUAGACUUUUUGGAUGUAAGUCUGAUUAUAAAGAAGUGUAAAAUGUCAAGAGUCGAAACGUUUUUAUUUUGUAAAAACGUUGCUGUGCAACUUUUCGCCGCUGGGCUUAAAAAUUAUCAUAUUAUAUAUAUAUAUAUGUGUGUGUGUGUGUGUGUGUGUGCGUGUGAUAAUUUUUUUCGCUGCAACGUCCAUGAUUUUUUCGUCGUUAUAAAGGCUCUUGGUGUAAGUAAUAUCGAAUUAAAAAGAUAAAAAAAUACUAAAAAAAAAAUUAAGAUAUACAUAUAUUAUAUAUUGUUGUCACUUUAUAUAUGAUGUGUGUAUAUGUCUCCUCAUAUCUAUAUACAUUAAAAGUAAAAACUAUUGCUGGGUAAUUAUUAAUUAGGUGUAUUGUACAAUUUAACGUGGAAAAAUAGUAGAGCUGUCGGUCAUGUCGACCAGGAUAACAUGCACCGUUGAUUGGCAAAUCAAAGAGAAAAUCCGAAAUGGAUUUCGGUUGUGAUGUGAAUGUUCGAGCGUAUUACGCAAGAUAAGAAUAUCAUGGCAAGGAAAUUAUGAGAAGCGAAUGGCAGAAAAAGCGAUUAAUAAAGACUAUAUUUUUCCAGCAUUUAAAAAA